CGUUCCAGGCUCCAGCUUAUCAUCUACCACGACGACGACAGUAACGUAGACGAAAACACAUACGAUGCCCCCCUCCGCAUCCAAGCAAAAGCGUCUCGCCGAGAAGGCGGCCAAGCAGUCGGCAAAAAUCAAGGGCUCGACGGAUGCGUCAUCCACAACCGGCACCACGCCGACAGGUUCUGCGAAUGGCUCAUCCGUAAACACACCGCUGACGAGCAACUCGGCGGCGGGAUCCCAGGAAGACCUUUCGGCGAUGGCGAAGCUGCAGCUCGCUACGGACAGGAGCGCUGCUGGCGUUCUCGCCUCUGACCCCAAGGGCCGUGAUAUCAAGAUCGAUUCCUAUACGCUCUCGUUUCACGGAAGGCUACUCAUCGAGAAUGCCGAAAUCUCGCUCAACUAUGGGCAGCGGUACGGUCUCCUCGGAGAAAACGGCUCGGGAAAGUCGACGCUCCUGCAAUCACUAGCGGACCGCGACAUUCCGAUCCCAGACCACAUCGAUAUCUACCACGUCAAGGGCGAAGCUGAGCCUUCAGAAGUGAACGCUAUCGACUUCAUCGUCAAGAGCGCGAAAGAAAAAGUCGCCCGGCUCGAGGCACGCAUUGAGGAACUUUCUAUCGCAGAUGACGUCGACGAAGUCCAGCUCGACCAGCUCUACGAAGAGCUCGAGGAAAUGGACCCAAGCACCUUCGAGGCCAAGGCCGGCUCCAUCCUCCACGGCCUGGGUUUCUCGCAAGAAAUGAUGCACCGCCCAACAAAGGACAUGUCUGGUGGUUGGCGUAUGCGUGUUGCCCUCGCGCGUGCGCUCUUCGUCAAGCCGCAUCUGCUCCUACUCGAUGAGCCGACGAACCAUCUUGACCUCGAGGCCGUCGUCUGGCUCGAAGCGUACCUCUCGAUGUACAACCACAUCCUUGUUAUCACGUCGCAUUCGCAAGAUUUCAUGGACAGCGUGUGUACGAACAUAAUGGACCUCACGAUGAAGAAGAAGCUCGUGUACUACGGUGGUAACUACUCAACUUACGUGCGCACAAAGCAGGAGAAUGAGGUCAACCAGAUGAAAGCGUACCAGAAGCAGCAGGAUGAAAUCGCGCAUAUCAAGAAGUUCAUUGCGUCGGCUGGUACAUACGCGAACUUGGUCAAGCAAGCCAAGUCGAAGCAAAAAAUUAUCGACAAAAUGGAGGCUGCCGGCCUCAUCGAGAAGGUCGAGACGCCGCGACCUCUGCGCUUUAACUUCGAGGAUGUCUCGAAGCUUCCGCCCCCAAUUCUCGCGUUCAACGACGUUGCUUUCUCGUACUCAGGCAAGCCCAAGGACUAUCUGUACAAGAAUCUGUCCUUCGGUAUCGACAUGGACUCGCGUGUUGCGAUCGUCGGCCAGAACGGUACGGGCAAAUCGACGCUCUUGAAUCUGAUUACGGGCGCCUUGCAACCGUGCGAGGGCACGGUUUCUCGCCAUGCGAACUUGAAGCUCGCCAAGUACUCGCAGCACUCUGCUGACCAGCUGCCGUACGACACGCCGCCGAUCGAGCACUUCCAGCGGCUGUACCACGAGAAGUUCCCUGACAAGGACAUUCAGGCUUGGCGAGCGCAACUUGGCCGGUUCGGUCUGUCGGGCUCGCACCAGACGGCACCGAUCAAACAGCUGUCAGACGGUCUCCGCAACCGUGUCGUGUUCGCGCAGCUUGCGAUGGAGCACCCACACAUCCUGCUGCUGGACGAGCCGACGAACCACUUGGAUAUGGCGUCGAUCGACGCGCUCGCGAAGGCGAUCAAGGAGUACGAGGGUGGUGUGGUGAUCGUGUCGCACGACUUCCGGCUGAUCUCGCAGGUGGCGGACGAGCUGUGGGAGGUCAAGGACCGCAAGAUCAAGAACUUGACAAGGGAGGACAUCUCAAUCGUGGAUUACAAGAAGAGGCUCGUCAAGAACUCGCAAGCGGCGCUUGAGAAGGCCAAGUUGUUCUCCAAGACAGCUUCGAAGGCGAAGGUGUAACAUGGAGGCGGCGGCGGCUGUUACAUAGAUUUGUGGAUACCAUACACAUACAUACCUGUAUUCUUGAUGCGCACAUGAAACUCGUCACAUAUCGUACUCACUGUCUAUGUAUCCGAUUACGUUGUAUCAUCAUUUAUAGACGUCCGCUGCAU